UAGCAAGACCAAAAUCCACGUGCGUGUCAUGCCGCGAGUACGUCCGAAACGGCGCCAUAUGACUCGUUUAUUGACUGAGUUAAGAGUUGGGUGGAGCUCUCAUGGCUCGCACUUGUCCUCAUACCAGCCUAUUUUGCCCUCUCUCUCUCUGUCUCUCUUUCCUCAUUCCCACUGCUGCUCACACUCCUCUAACCCUCUGCGAACCCUAUGCCUUACCCCACACACCAUGGCCUCCAACCACCUCAACGGUGACUCCCACAUCCUCCACCACCCCAAAAAACCCAAACUUUCUUCCACUUCCACUUCCACUUCCCUCAUCACUCCCUCUGAAAUCCAAUCGGAAUUCUGCCACCAUGAUCCCUCCGUCGCCCGCAUCAACAACGGCAGUUUCGGUUGCUGUCCGACCUCCGUUAUCAAGGCCCAACAGGUCCUACAGCUCGAAUUUCUCCGCCAACCCGACUACUUCUACUUCAACUGCCUCAAGGAGGGGAUUCUAAAAUCUAGGACAGUCAUUAAACAGCUCAUCAACGCCCGCCACGUCGACGAGGUCUCCAUCGUCGACAACGCCACCACCGCUGCCGCCAUCGUCCUCCAACGUAUCGCCUGGGCCUUCACCGAGGGCCGUUUUGACAAAGGUGACGUCGCGAUUAUGCUUCACUACGCCUACGGUGCUGUCAAGAAAUCCAUCGAGGCAUAUGUCACCCGCGCCGGCGGGUGCGUCAUCGAGGUACAAAUGCCUUUUCCUGUUAAUUCCAACGAUGAAAUUAUCCAUGAGUUUAGGAAGGCAUUAGAGAGAGGGAAGGAGAACGGGAGGAAAAUUAGGCUGGCUGUGAUUGAUCAUAUCACUUCCAUGCCGUGCGUGGUGAUCCCUGUGAAGGAACUGGUCAAGAUUUGUAGGGAAGAAGGUGUUGACCAGGUUUUUGUUGACGCGGCCCAUGCCAUUGGGUGCACUGAUGUUGAUAUGCAAGACAUUGGGGCCGAUUUCUAUACAAGCAACUUGCACAAGUGGUUCUUUUGCCCACCUUCCAUUGCUUUUUUGUAUAGUCGGAGCUCGCCCAAGUGCUUGGACUUGCAUCACCCUGUUGUUUCUCAUGAAUAUGGAAAUGGGUUGGCCGUGGAAAGUGCUUGGAUUGGAACUAGAGACUACAGUGCACAAUUGGUGGUUCCAAAGGUUUUGGACUUUGUUAAUAGGUUCGAAGGCGGUAUAGAAGGGAUCAAGAAGAGGAAUCAUGAUAAUGCUAUGGAGAUGGGGCAGAUGUUGGCCAAAGCGUGGGGGACCAAUCUCGGAUGUCCUCCGGAGAUGUGCGCAAGCAUGGUCAUGGUUGGGUUGCCGGCUUCUUUGGCAUUCUCAAGUGAUUCGGACACUUUAAAGUUAAGGGCACAUUUGAGGGAGAAUUUUGGUGUGGAAGUGCCACUAUACUACCGGGCACCAAAAGAUGGUGAGGUUGGCGUGAUAACUGGGUACGCACGGAUCUCCUAUCAAGUCUACAAUAAAUUUGAGGAUUACACCAAGUUCAGGGAUGCAAUUAACAAACUUGUUUGUGAUGGUUUCACUUGCAAUCUUCUUUCUAUUUGAAGAGGGCCCAGGAAAGGUUUGGGCGCUGAAACAUUGGUGGGAAUUUUGUGGGCAAGGAUUUUACUAUUUGUCACACUUACGCCGAAGUAUUUGUCUCCUAAGGUUCUUGCUUUCACAAUCAUAAACCACAGGCCAUCUCCCCAGUGCAAAAGCACAAGCAAUCUUCUGACUUUUGGAUCCAGUUUUUCAACGAUUCUAUGCUCUGGUUUUCUGCAGUCUAUGCAGACUAAUAUGCAGGCAGCAUUUGACUAGGGGAAAAUUACUUGUAGUUCAGUCAAUCGUGGAUGAGACUCGACGGAGAAAAAGUUCUAUUUGGCAAGACUACUAGUAGUGGGUUCAAUAAAUUUUAGCUAAAAUUUGACUAAAAAAUCUACUUUUACAAAUUUAGCUAGUCAUUUUUCAACAAUAUUAAAUAACAGGCUCGACAAAUCUUUUACUAUUCUAUUAAAAUAUUGAUUUUGAACUUUUCAUUUAUUUUAAUUCUAAUUGUAAUUUGAAUUUUUUCAACGGUUAUAUUUUUCCAACGACUAUAUUUUUUAACAGA